CGGUCGCCACGGGGUAUAUAACCACCGUAGUCUACGUCACCUCACUCAGAACCUAGACGUGAAUCAACAUGGUGGGGUUUGUGAUCGUCGCUUUGGUUGCCGUGUUUCAGGUGAUAUCAUGCCAAGAGCCGCCGCCAUUCCUGGCCAAUGUGCCAGAACAAUGCCGCCGACCUCCAGAAGGAGUGGACAGACCCCAUACGUGUUGCAAGAUACCCAGCUUCUUCAAAGACGAGGACCUUCAGGAGUGCGGGUUCAAGAAACUGGAGGAUGAGCCGGAGAGGCCUGGACCUCCUCACGGACCCCCAGACUGCAGCAAGCAGUUAUGCCUCAUGAAAAAGUACAACCUCCUCAAGGGCGAGACCGACGUUGACCACGAUGCAACCAAAGAAUACCUGCAGAAGUGGACGGAAUCGAAUCCUGAGUGGAAAGAGCCGAUGGGCGCUGCCAUCGAGCGGUGCAUCGGGCAGCCCCUCCCUGGCCCGCCUCACAUCUGCGAGGCCAAUAAAAUGGUCGUCUGCAUCAGCUUCCAUUUGUUCGGGAAAUGCGUGAACUGGUCCGACACAGAAGGCUGCAAGAAACUGAAGGCACACAUGGAUGAAUGCGCUCAGUAUUUUCCAAAGCACUAAAAUCCUCGUAUAAAAAUACAACAAAAUAGAUAGAAUUUGUAAAUAAAGUGUUACCUACGCGAAA